CGCUGCGCGGAGGACGCGGAGCCGGCUGCGCGCACGCACAAGCUCCUCCUGCGGACCACCCCCGCCACGUGACCGCUGCCGGUGAUGGGACGACGCCUGUGACAGCGCUCGCAGACCACGCUCCACACUCGUGGCGAGCCGGCCCGUCCUCUAUGGAGCUCUUCUGACUUGACUUUGGCCGACGAAUCACAAGACUCGAUCGCUGUUGUUUUUUUUAUCCCCACCUUCCUCGACGCCGGCGCGCUGUCACGUGCUGAGGCGGAAGUGCAGCGUGUUUUGUUUUGUCGCCGAGUGCGCGCCUGCUGUUGACAGUCGCUGAGACGCUAGCGGCGCACGAGACGGACCUCGCCGGAGGAGGGCCGAACGGCGGAGGCGCCGAGGCGACGCGCUGAGCUGGACGCGCAGACCUUCUGUACUUCAGACGAGUCGGGAUGCGAGGCCGACAUGGCUGAGGGCGGCGCCGGCCACGGGCCCGAGGAGGACAGCGGCGACGCCAUGCUGGCCGCCGCCCCCGCACCCGCACCCGCCGCCGCCCCCAUCGCCCCCGUCCCCAUCAAGCGCGAUCCAGACGCGCCCGUCGUCGUCAAGACCGAGGGACACUCUGGUUAUGGUGCCCGUUCAUCUGACCAUUCACCGUACCUGCAUUCAAUCAACGAGGACACGUGUGAGAGUAGCGCGUCUCCGGAGCCAGGCGGCCGCGGUUCGACGCCCGGCUCGCUGGGCCCCGGACCGGCGCACUCGGCGCCGCCUUCGCCCGAUCCUUCGCCUUCCGCCGCCGCCAAAGCGGCCGCCGUCGCCGCUGCCAGCGCCGCCCACCUCAACGGCACCAUGGCAGGUAUGGUGACGUUGCAGAACCUCGCAUCGCUGCAGCAGUCAUUGCCACAGGUGGCAUCACUGGCAGCUGGCCUACAGGGUAUUGCUGGGCUUGGCUCUCCACUGCUCAAUGCGCCACUCAACCUCAGUGUCAGUGGAGCAGGUGGUGCAGUACCAACUUCCUGUGCUAGCAGCUCUCCACUGCUCUCACCUGCUCAGCCACAGUUGCUGGCAGCUCCACAGCCAGCUGCCAUGCCACAGUUCAUACUUGCUUCAGGGCAGCUUAUCCAGGGAAUACAAGGAGCUCAACUUCUCAUACCUACAUCACAAGGUAUUGCUACACAGACCAUACUGACAAUCCCUGUGAAUCAUGUAACAAGUGGGCAGAUGGUAAACCUUGCACUAAGCAAUGGACAAGUGGUGACAACGACCCUAGCAAAUCUGCAGACCUUGGCACAGCCACAUCACUUGCUGACUACACCUUCUGCUGCAACAGUUCAACCUCCUGGUGCCGCUGGACUGGGACUAGGCCAGGGAGCAGCUCAAACACUGCCCCCUCACCUUCUAAGCAAUGGUGCAAGUCCUGCUCAACAAUUACUUGGAGCAAUGGUUGCUCCUCCACAGCCACCACAUACUCAUACCCAUCCACAUCCUCAUCAAGGGCCAGCAACAUCUCAGAUCCCGCAGCAGUCCCCACAGCACCAGCCACAGCUUCAGCAACAGCAACCGCAGCAGCAGCAGCAAACACAACAACAAGCACAACAACAGCAGCAACAGCAGCAGCAACAGCAACAACAGCAGCAGCAGCAGCAGCAGCAUCAACAUCAGCAACAACGUGCACAACAGCAUUCACAGCCACAACAUUACCCGGUCUUGCAGGAGAAACAUCAUCAUCACAACGGCAUGAUGAAUGGUUCAGAAACAUCAAUGACUGUGAUAAAUCGAUUAGCAGCUAAUAACUCUGAUAUUACCAUUACUACAACACCACAAAUAUCUAAUCAGAGUCAGCACAAGAGUUCCACCAAUGGCAACUCACAGCACAACAGGAGCAGUCCCACAACUGAUUUCCUUGCUGACUCUCCAAAUCAACCAACAAUCAAUCAAACAAGUGGCAAUGUCGUUGAUGGCAUUAACUUGGAUGAAAUCAAGGAAUUUGCCAAGGCUUUCAAGCUGCGUCGCCUUUCUCUGGGUCUCACUCAGACACAAGUGGGACAAGCUCUCAGCAUCACAGAAGGUCCAGCAUACAGUCAGAGUGCCAUUUGCAGUGCCCUGGCCACUCAGAUGUACUGUGCUGCACACCUUGCGUCACAGCAACAGGCUAUGUUUGAGAAGCUAGACAUAACUCCGAAGAGUGCACAGAAAAUCAAACCUGUCUUAGAAAUGUGGAUGAAAGAAGCAGAGGAGAGAUACAAGAGUGGACAAAAUCACCUAACGGAGUUCAUUGGAGUGGAGCCCUCAAAAAAGAGAAAGCGUCGUACAUCAUUCACUCCUCAAGCUCUAGAACUGCUAAAUGCACACUUUGAAAGGAACACACAUCCAUCAGGAACUGAAAUUACAGCACUUGCCCAUCAGUUGGGAUAUGAGCGUGAGGUGAUACGUAUUUGGUUUUGCAACAAACGUCAGGCCCUCAAGAAUACUGUUCGUAUGAUGUCUAAAGGUGUGGCUUAAUUGGUGUCUGCUUUUGUGGUGUACACUACUGUGAUGGUGCCUGACAAAUGCUCUACAAAGUUACUGUGAAGAAACCAAAGAGUGUUGAUGUCAGAAAUUAGUGAAAUGAUAUGUGAACUCUUAUAAUGAAACAUAAACCGUGUGAACUGUGCCAUAGGUCUUCAUAACCAGGCUUUGACAGACUGUUGAUUUACUGAACAGACAUGUGUGAACUCACUACAUACAUUUUUGUCAAUCACAUCCAAGCAAUGACUACAGUGUAGAUAAGUAUAUAGAAAGAAUGGCAAUAUAUCAGGAAAAACUGACAUUAAAUUGUGAAUUAGUAGAAGGGACACUGUUAAAAGAACUCUGUAAAUGUAGCACAGUUGUAGAUAAAAAGUCAAGCAAUUUUAACAGUUCUUUCAAGUGUUAUGAUCUGGAAAAUUUUUUCCACAUAAACAGAGUGGUGAGAUUCUAGUCUUAUGUUUAUGGAAUCAUCAGUGAGAAUGACAUGUAUUAUUUAUAUCUUUUGUUUCUUGAUGACAUAUUGGAUAAUGUGAGCUGUGAAAUUCUUGAUCUUUUUAUUGC